AUGCUAGACAUGACGUAUGUGCAGGAUAUUCUUAGUACAAGGAAGAUGAGAAAAUUUCGAUGUGUAUCUCCACAAAAUAUGAAGGAUCAUGAUGAUAUUUUGCAACGAAUCAAUCAGAAUGGAAUUAAGAUGGAUUUGGUCACAGCCAUAAUAGAAUCAAGCUAUGGGGGCCACAUAACCAUAGAACCUCUUUUAUCAUUUGCUAACAAAAUGGCUAAGAAGUAUGGCCUGAACCUGGAUAGACUUGCAAAACGAAAUCGAUCAGCAUUAUUAUGUUGGUACACAGAAAAUUGGGCCACAAUAAACACACAUAUUGCAGAUAUUAAUCCAUACAGAAAAGAAAAAUUGAUUCAAAAGCUAAAGGAAUCAAAAUCUCCGAUACCAAAUCAAGGAGAUAUCGAUCCGUCGGAUAUUGGCCAACUAUUGAACUAUCAUUAA